AUGUGCCAAUACGAGCUCUGGCUCUACUCGAAGUGCCUCUCCACUCACUCAUCCCACCUUCACUCCCCCUCCCCCUUCUCCCAUUCUUCCCCGCCGCAACCCCAUAAAACGUUCUACCGAGUAGCAAAGUGUCCAAACUCACCCCACUGUCUACCACCGACUCCCCGCGCGGAUAUGAAGUCCACUAGCGAACUUCCCAUCCAGCGGCGGGACCGGUAUUGCGCCACUUGCUUCGAAACGCUAAAGAGCGCCAUGGGUGGUGCCGGGGACUCGUGCUGGCCCUGCGGCGAGGAGCAUUGGGUCGACAAGAGGCUAGUGGCAGGGGGAGGGGGAGGGGGAGGGAAGGCGUUGGUUGACUUGGAAGGGUGGAACGGCAUGGAUUCUACUGUUGAAGUGGAGAGCCCGAGUCGGCGGGCGAGGUUGGAUUUUCUGGCUAGGAAUUGGAAGGGAUGGAGGGAGUGGGGGGCUGAUGCCGGGGCUGCUAUUGGAGUUUCCGGAGGGGGAGUUCGGGCGAUGACUUGA